UUGCGGCGCAGUGAUGGCGGAAUUGGACAUAGGGCAGCACUGUCAGGUGGAGCAUUGCCGGCAGCGAGGUGAUCUAGCAGUCCUUAGCUCCGGGCAUGAUUUUCUUCCUUUUGUGUGUGAUGGUUGUUCAGGAGUAUUUUGCCUUGAACACAGAAGCAGGGAGUCACACAGCUGUCCUGAGGUGACUGUAAUCAAUGAGAAACUGAAGUCAGAUAAGCCUACAUCUUACCCAUGCUCAUUCAAGGACUGUGCUGAAAGAGAGCUUGUGCCAGUUAAAUGUCCUUAUUGUGAGAAGAAUUUUUGCCUGAGGCACCGUCAUCAAUCGAAUCAUGAAUGUGAAAAACUGGAAAUUCCUAAGCCUCGUAUGGCUGCCACUCAGAAACUUGUUAAAGAUAUUAUUGAUUCUAAGACUGGAGAGAUAGCAAGUAAACGACGGAAAGGUGCAAAAAAUAGUGAAACAGCUGCAAAGGUAGCACUGAUGAAAUUAAAAAUGCAUGCUGAUGGAGAUAAGUCAUUGCCACAGAAAGAAAGAGUUUACUUUCAAGUUUUCUUACCUAAGGGGAGCAAAGAGAAGAGCAAACCAAUGUUCUUUUGCCACCGAUGGAGCAUUGGAAAGGUCAUAGACUUUGCAGCUUCUUUAACCAGUCUUAAAAAUGAUAAUAACAAAUUAACAGCUAAGAAAUUAAGGUUAUGUCACAUUACUUCAGGAGAAGCCUUACCCUUGGACCAUACUUUGGAAACCUGGAUUGCUAAGGAGGAUUGUCCUUUAUAUAAUGGUGGAAAUAUUAUCUUGGAAUAUCUUAAUGAUGAAGAACAAUUUUUAAAAAAUGUUGAUUCUUAUCUGGAAUAGUCAUGUAAGGAUUCAAGCCAGAAAUGAAGAAAAUUUUAUGUUAAGUCAAUUUCUUUUACUACAAAUACUAUAUACGUAUAUUUUAUUUUUUAAAAGUUGCUUUUUAACUUAUUUCCAUUAUGUCAUAAUUUACAUUAUCAGUUUUCUAUUAAAUUAAAUUUGAAUUUUUGUGUUAAAGUUUAA